AUGAAGAUGUUUCACUCUUUUCAAACCCCAAUAUUAGUCACUAUAGCUCUUGUCCUAGCUUUUGCAGCUCCUCUAAAAGCCCAAGACUCGCAACAAGACUACCUCGAUGUACACAACCGGGCUCGUGACGCUGUUCAUGUGGCUCCAAUAAGAUGGCACAAAGAUCUUGCGGACUACGCCUGGAACUAUGCGAGGCAAAGACGGGACUGCCGUCUGAUCGAACCAGGUGGGCGUUACGGUGAAAAAACUUGGCACGGAGCAAUGGUGAUAUCUCCGGAGCUGCUGCAGUGA